UUCUCAUAUUGGAACAGAGGAUUCAUAGGUCUUUAAUCAAAUAUGUAUAUUUUUCUCUAUUUUGAAAGUUCCAGAGGCACGUUAGCAUUGGGCCCUCCUGUGCUUCAUUUGUGUAUUUUACUCUUGACUGCUCAUCAUACCAUUUGAGUUACUAGUUAUUGGUGAUGUGCAAUGGCUUGCUUGGUUGAAUUCACUAUUUUAUUUUUUUGCUCAAUCUAGUGGAGCAGUUAUUGUCAAAAUUGGAUUUUGUGGUUUACUCUUUCAUCAUCACUGGUUACAAUAACUUAAUAGGAUCUAACAAUCUGAAGAAUAUGCUUUUAUCCUUUUCAGUUAGCAGUCUGUAGAAAUGACUGGGUUUAGGAGAUGCUGUUUCAUUUUUCUGUGUUCACUGGUCUAGGUGGUGACAAACCAAUGAAAUUGCAUUUCUUUAGUUUCUAGCUUUGCGAAUACUGUCUUGACUUAGACAAACAAUGAUCGGCAUUUCCCUUCCUUAUUGUUUCCUUUCUCAGUCCAGUUCAGCAGUCACUUGUUGAGCCGAUCGCCCUUCUAUCCAUCCAUUAUAAAGUUGUCAUAUACCUACUAUUCUGGGCACCCUGCUAGGCACACACAGGGUCUAUCACGCAAACAUCAAAAGGAGUCAUUUAGGUAUACUGUUUGCAAUUGUCAUCUUUUAUAUAGUUCUUAUCAUUCACAUCUUAGUUUAGGAAGGAUAAGGCCCUUUAAUGAUUUCUUGUUUGGUUAUCAUCAGAAAACUGUGCUUAGUCUUGGAGGAGAGAAGAACUUAGCUCUGCUGACUUGAUUUCACCAAAAUUGCCUCCUAUAAUUGAGUUACUAUGUGACAGGCACUGAGUUAGGUAUAAUAAAAAUAUAAGGAAGACCCAACCACAGCUCUCAGGAGUUUAUAGUCUAGUAUAUAGUUUAUAGAAACAGUUAUAAUCCAAAGUGACAAAAGAUAUAAUAUUCAAAGUGCUAUGGGAAUUUAGAAAACCUAGCACUGGAGUCUGCUAAGGGGUGUGAAGGAAGGUUUCAUGUAAGGAGAUAUGCUUGAACACUUAAGUAUGACUGGAAAUUUGCUUAAUAGACAAGGAGGGCAGGGAAUUCCAAGUGGAGAGAAUAUCGUAUGUGAAACCACUGAGGCAUGAGAGAGUAUGGCAUGUUUGAAGUCUAUGCCAAGAAAUUGCUAAUUGCAGGCUAAAAGGGAGCUCUGUGAAUUGGCAUUGGGAAGGUGUUUCUGGCAUAGGUAUAGGUUGAUCAUUCUGCAGCUUUAAUCAUAUAGCAUCCUAUACCUUCUAUGACCUAUUCCUGUCUUCCUCUAGAGUCGUAUUUGUGUUUUUUUCCCUAAAAUAAAUAUUAAUACAGUACAGAGGUGACUAAUGAACACCGAAUUAGGUGUCAGGGGACCUGGAUUCUUGUUUUCCAGUUCUCUCAGCAGCUAUGUCACUUGAGCCAAGUCAUUAAAUAGCUGUUUCUUCACUAGUAAAAUGGGAAUAGUAACAUCUGCAUUGCCGACCUCAAGGGCAGAGUGAAAAUGAAAAUGAGACUCUUAAAAAUUAAAAGCUAUAAUAAACUUUUUUACUUGGAAUUCUGCUGGCUAAGGCUAUCACCUGACAUUUAAAACAAGUAAAAUAUUUCAUGGAGUAUCUGGAUAGGAAAAUUAGGUUGAAAGGUAAUUGACAAAUAGAAAUAUUCUUACAUCCUCAUUAGCUCCAUGUCUGCCCUUCUGUCUAUGGAAUGUCAUUUAGCUUAUUUCUAAGUUUCCAGAUAACACAAUGAUGCUGAUUUAAAUGGAAUGUAAGUGAAUUACUUCUACUAGACUAAUAUAGCCCCUGUCAUGAAAAUCACUAAUAAUAUAAGAGACUUACUGUGGACUACCAGAAGGUAGUUAUUCCUCUCUUUUCUAUUUUUACAACUUCUAGAUGAACUCGUUCAUGUGAAUUUGGAUAAAAUACCUGUUGUAGUUCAAAGUGUAAUAUAAAAUGAUUAUUGCUUUUUUUCUGCCGGGCCUGAGGGAAAUACUGUGGCAAUUGUUCUGUUUUCCACAAAACUAAAUGAGGAAAUGGUCUGGCUUAUUUUUUCUUUGUUUUAAAAAUCUAUGGUACCAUUGAUACAUAGUUUAAAAACAUUCUUCCGAAGACCCAGUGGAUUAAAUCAUUUUUAUGUCCCCUAAGUAUUCCCCUUUUUUGAAGAUUUUUUGAGAAAAGUGUGGCACAUGGCCAAAAUCACAUUCUCCAUUUUUUUCUGUGUUUGAAUUUUUUCCUUACAAGUUAGCAGAAAGGAAAGUGGUCAGUUUUUGCACUCAAUAAACAAGAAGGAACGUGUAGACAGCUUUUAUCUGGGACAUUUUUAAAUCAUUGAGAGAAUAUUUUCAAGUAUUAACUGCUUUUUGAAAUUAUUGGCAGAGUCCUCUUAACCCACUUUAACAUAAAGUGGUUGAAUAAGAUGAAAAGAGUUUUUAUUGUCUACAUAAAAGAAAGCACCAUGCUUUUUGCAUCAUUGCAUAAAUCUAAGAGAUUAUGCAUACAUAAAAUGGAUGAGACAGCUGAAUGCUAAAUGCCAACAUCAACCAAAGCUUGUCUGAGUGUUUGACACUGAGCAUAAUGGGGUGUGGUUCCACAGGGAGAGAGCACUAAAUAUUUACACCCCAGGAUAUGUUUCUCUGGUAAAGCUUCUUGUCCUAGAUUAAUCUCCCAGCUAACACUAUUAUCUCUUUUUUGUAACACACCCCCGUCUUACACUUGGAUUUUCUCCCUUAAUACCUUAUGAGAUUCUGAACCUUCUGAGUCCAGUCCCCUAUCCUCACUCUCUCAGCUCUUUCUGUGAUCUUCACGAAUUCUUUUUGUUUAUUGUAUGGACCUUCAGGUGAAUUCUCUUGAUUUAUGCAAGUAGUAAUACACAAUCACAGUCCCUGCUCUCUUAUAGCUCUUUUUUUCGCAAAGAUCGCAGCUCCAUCCUUCAGCUAUUCUGUUGGUAUCCCUUUCUUAUCAAUUUUCUGGGAUUUUUGAAACAGAGCUGUGAUGUAUACAGCCAGCAAUGUUGCAUAGUAAUGCAGAAUUGCUGCCCAAUACAGAUCGAGUUCUCUCCACAAUUCAUGUCCUUUGCUUUCCGGUCUUGAGAGUGUGAAGGAAGUUACUGAGUUUAGUGCGUAAGUGAAGUCUGGGGAGGUGUUCUUUCUUAGGCCGCUUAUUCUCAGGUUCUGACUUUUGCCUUAGUGUCAUGUCGUCUCCUCACCGUCUUACUUCACUUUAUAGGCAAAGGGUCAAAAAGGGUUCUUGAACAUUGUGUGCCAAACUUGAGGAAGAAUGUGUGGUCUGUAUAAUGGAGAAACAUUUAAAAACUGUAAACUCAAAUUACCAUGGAGGACAUCACAGAAAACACUGGAAUUUGAGCUGGAUCUAGAAGGAUGAGUUCAGUUCAGAAAAGUGCAGAGGGGAAGAGAUUUCAUGCAAGAGGACCUCUGGAGCAAAGGAGAGAAAGAACCAAGCAAGCUUGCGAGAUAUAGAAUGGUGUUAGGGGAUACUAGACAGUGAAUUGAAAGAAUAGGUUAGCCAGCUUGUAGUGAGUUCUUAGUGCCAGGCACUGUUGCUUGAUUAAUUCCUUGAAUGAUCCACUCAUUCAAUAAAUGACUUCUCAUAGCUCAUAGGAUAAAAUCGAAACCUCUUCAUUGACAUGUAAGGUCUUCUGUGAUAGGGUUUUUGUAUACCUUAAAAUCCACUCCCCUCAACCCUAUGUACCCUAAACUCCUUCCAGUCUUGUUGAAGACUUCCUGAUCCUUCCAACAUGUACUCCCUCAAAUCUCUGUGUGUCUGAACAGACUGUUUCUUCUAGAGUUCACCUGGUGAAUGUCUCAUUCUUGAGCUUCAGUUGUAGCACUAUUUUCGUUGUUCCUCUGCUGCUGUAGAAUCCUGGGAAUAUACAUACUACUAAAGCUUCUACACUAUAUUUUGUGCUGUCAGAGUACACAUCUGCUUCCCUCACUCAACUAGGAGCUUCCUGGGAGCAAAGGAUUAUGUCUUAUUUGCCUUUACAUUCAUGUCACCUAGCAGAGUACCUACCUAACACACAGCAAAUUCUUAACAAGCGUGUUGAAUAAAAUAUUUAUUGAACGCUUAAUUUACUUCACAUAUAUUUAUAUUUUAAGAGAGUCAUCUAGAAGCAAUGUAAUUGAUAGAUUGAAGAUUGGAGAUGCAGAGAGACCAGUUAUAUGUAUUUUUUGAAGUAGCUCAUUUGUUAAAAAAACAAAAAAACAGUAGGUGGUAGAGUCCUGGAAAACUGAUAAAGGAUAGGACUUAAUGACUGGUUACUAGGGGUGAGAGAGAGGGAAGAGUUAAAGAUAGUAAAGAUUUAUGGUAAUAUGACAAAUAACAGGACAGUGACCCUUGAAAGAAUAAGAUUACUUUCAGGUAAACGUGUUUUUUCCUAAAUCAGAUCUCCUAGUGUUAGUAUUUGCUUCACCACAUCUCUGCUCUGAAGAUGAACACUUUGUUCCUGUUCAUUUACUGGAAAAAAGUUCAAGAUUUGUGUGGUUAUGAUCUUCAUAUUUGACCAGGAGUUAAGAUAUGAAAUAUAAAUAGUUUAACCACGCUGAAUACAAUUUCCUAUCAAAGGAACGUGUGCAGUGCAUAGGUUUUUGAAUGUAUAAAGCUUGUUCUGCUUUUCGGAACUACAACUGAAGUGUUAUACCAGCCAGAUGCACUGGGGUGCGCUACUAUGUAGCAGAGCCUAGCUGUGCAUCACAGCUCUCAACUUUAAAACUCCAGAGAAUUUGAUGAGAGAGGGAUCCACAAGAACAUGACAAAUGAUGAGAGUUCAAACCUUAAAAGAAAAAUGGGCUUAUUGGAGACGGAGGCAAUUGUCUUUAAAACAAGCCGAUUUCAAGGAUAUAUUCAAAAAAUCAACUUCAGGAUCUCUAGUGGAAGAGGAAGACCAACACAUGAAAUUGUCCCUUGGAAGCAGCGAAAUGGGCCUCUCAUCCCAUUUGCAGUCUUCCAAGGCAGGAGCUACACGCAUCUUUACCAGCAAUACCCACAGUUCUGUGGUGUUACAGGGCUUUGACCAGCUUCGACUUGAAGGAUUGCUUUGUGAUGUGACCCUGAUGCCAGGUGACACAGACGAUGCCUUCCCUGUGCACAGAGUCAUGAUGGCCUCCGCUAGUGAUUACUUCAAGGCCAUGUUCACAGGUGGAAUGAAAGAACAAGAUUUAAUGUGCAUUAAGCUUCAUGGCGUGAGCAAAGUCGGUUUAAGGAAAAUUAUUGAUUUCAUUUAUACUGCAAAGCUGUCUCUGAAUAUGGACAACCUUCAAGACACACUGGAAGCUGCCAGUUUUCUACAGAUUCUGCCAGUUUUGGACUUCUGCAAAGUAUUUCUCAUAUCUGGGGUCACUUUAGACAAUUGUGUCGAAGUUGGGCGGAUUGCCAACACCUACAAUCUCACAGAAGUGGAUAAAUAUGUUAACAGUUUCGUCUUGAAGAAUUUUCCUGCAUUGCUGAGUACUGGGGAGUUCUUGAAACUCCCUUUCGAACGUCUUGCCUUUGUGCUUUCCAGUAAUAGCCUUAAGCACUGCACUGAACUUGAGCUCUUUAAGGCUACCUGUCGCUGGCUACGCCUGGAAGAGCCUCGGAUGGACUUUGCUUCAAAAUUAAUGAAGAACAUACGAUUUCCACUGAUGACACCGCAGGAGCUCAUUAAUUACGUGCAAACCGUGGAUUUCAUGAGAACUGACAAUACUUGUGUGAAUCUCCUUUUGGAAGCCAGCAAUUACCAAAUGAUGCCAUAUAUGCAGCCAGUUAUGCAGUCAGACAGGACUGCCAUUCGGUCUGACACCACUCAUUUGGUUACACUAGGAGGAGUGCUGAGGCAGCAGCUGGUUGUCAGCAAGGAAUUACGCAUGUAUGAUGAAAAGGCCCAUGAAUGGAAAUCGUUAGCACCCAUGGAUGCCCCAAGGUACCAGCAUGGCAUUGCCGUCAUUGGAAAUUUCCUCUAUGUCGUUGGUGGACAGAGUAAUUACGACACAAAAGGAAAAACGGCGGUCGAUACAGUCUUCAGAUUUGAUCCUCGAUACAAUAAAUGGAUGCAAGUUGCAUCUUUAAAUGAAAAGCGCACCUUCUUCCACCUAAGUGCCCUCAAAGGAUAUCUGUAUGCAGUUGGUGGGCGAAAUGCAGCUGGUGAACUGCCUACAGUAGAAUGUUACAAUCCAAGAACAAAUGAGUGGACCUAUGUUGCCAAAAUGAGUGAGCCCCACUAUGGCCACGCUGGAACUGUGUAUGGAGGAGUAAUGUAUAUUUCAGGAGGAAUUACUCAUGACACUUUCCAAAAGGAGCUCAUGUGCUUUGACCCUGAUACUGACAAAUGGAUCCAGAAGGCGCCGAUGACCACUGUCAGAGGUCUGCACUGCAUGUGUACAGUGGGAGAAAGGCUCUAUGUCAUUGGCGGCAAUCACUUCAGAGGAACCAGUGACUAUGAUGAUGUGCUAAGCUGUGAAUACUACUCGCCUAUCCUUGACCAGUGGACCCCAAUUGCUGCCAUGUUACGAGGGCAGAGUGAUGUUGGUGUCGCUGUCUUUGAAAAUAAAAUCUACGUGGUUGGUGGGUAUUCCUGGAAUAAUCGUUGUAUGGUAGAGAUAGUGCAGAAAUAUGAUCCAGAUAAAGAUGAAUGGCAUAAGGUUUUUGAUCUCCCAGAAUCCCUUGGUGGCAUCCGAGCUUGCACACUUACGGUUUUUCCACCUGAAGAAACCACACCGUCACCUUCUAGAGAGUCCCCUCUUUCUGCACCUUAAGAUCAUCCCUACACUAAGAUACUGUAGUCCCACCUUUGCAAUGUGUCAUGGAUUCUCUUCUUUUGCCCCCCUUAAGUAGUGUAUGUUAGGAUUAGCCUCCAGUAAUUGAUACAGAUAUUGGAAAAAAGAUGAAUUGAUGUUAUUUGUGCUGUUUGUUUGGCUUAGAGUGUUUAUAAAGUGGUAACAAAACCAUCCUGGAAAUGUAUCCCAUAGAAGCUGAUGUUUAACUUGCAAAAAAAAAAAAACCAACCAAGACAUUGUCUAUAAACUGUUUCUUCAGUACUUUUUUAUGCCUUGUAUUGGGUGUAAGGUAUUUGUCAUCUUACGUUUGAAAGCCCAAUAAACCAAGUUGAAGGUGGAUUAUAGUAAAUGUACAACUGUGCUAACUAGGCUUCAAAGUAAACAGUUUUCCUUUCAUCUUUGACUGUAAGAUGUCAAAGGGAGGCAGCCUGCUCCAACAGGAAACUAUCGACACAAGGUUGCCAACUCGCAUGAGCUACCUCCCUCUUUUCAUAAAGUCUUUUUGACGUAGCUGUCAACCCACCUGUCUGUGUGGGUGCAUUGAGAACAUAGAAAGUUUCUUAGACACACAGGAGAAAUAAUAACUGAAAUUCACCAAUAUUGAUUUAAAAAAACAGCAUGACUCCUCUACUUAUAAACAAGAGUUUGGGGUUUUUAAAGUGUGUAUAAAGACGUACACACACAUACAUAUAUCAAAUAGAAAAUUUUAAAAAUUGAGUGGCACGUCAAAUAGAUGUGAAAAGUUUUUUAAAAUUUUCUUCCAAAAAGCAGCUUCUAUUAAAAUGGGAAUUCAGUAUGCACAUAUUGAAUGCACAUAUGUGGAAUCAUACUGAAUUUAGGUGGGUAAGGGCUAGAAAUUUUGAGCAACUAAAUUUGUCACUUGACCAAAUUUUACCUCCCAAACUGUAAUCUAGACCUUCUCCUUUGCUGUUGAGGUGACUUACAUAUUAUAUGUAUUCUGUGUACUCUCAGUUCAUAAGGUUAUUUAGCACAAAGUAUAGCAGCUUCACCUGGCAAGCUGCUUUUGCUCAGUGAAUUCAACUUCCAUGUUUUAUCUUUUUUUGUUCAAUAAAAAAACAUUUAAUGUCAUUUUGGCCUGAGGUA